AUGGCAAUGCCCUCGCCAGCCACCAAGCUAGGAACAACGAACACGAUAUCGAAAAUCAUGAUUCGACGCUCAGACAAUUUGAGAACCUGCUCGCCGCUCGCUAGGCUGGUAGAAGCCGACAGAGUAUCGAAUACCACAAUUCCCAGCAUGCACAUAGAUUGGCCACCGAAAAUUCUGAUGAUGAUCUACCAAGCGACCGGAGUUCUCAAUUACGACGCGGCAGAUCCCUUCGACGAUAGAAGCAAAUUCAGCGACGCAUUUUCUGAGGUGGGGGUAGCAACCAGUCAUCGAAGGAAUAUUCUGGAGAAUGACGAGGCAGAAGGCUUCCAUGAGCCUCAAGCAUUGUUAGGGAUCCGCGGGCUGUUGGCCGUCAUGUCAGACCGGGGAUAUGAGGAUGGUUCAAUAUCCACCGAUGGGAAUGCGGGCGGUGAUGAUGAUGAUGAUACGGGGUGGAGGUGGACAGCGAGAUGUGCCCUUCUACGUUUCGUUGCCUACCUCACCAAAACCCCCAUCCCGCAAGAGUCUGAUGAGGAACUCUCAACCCUUGUGCCCCGUAUCAUCUUCACUCUCCCAGACCCAGCGGGGUAUAUAAAUACUUGCCUUCCUACAUUCAAGGGAGGAAGAAGUCAGGGGAAGAGGUGGAGGUGA